AUGCACAUUUUCCUCAUCAGACAUGGAGAAACAGAGCAUAAUGUUGCUGGUCUCCUUGCCGGGGUGUCUGAUUCCAGGCUCACCAACCAUGGAAGGAUUCAGACCGAGCGUUUAGGCCAGUACCUCGCUGCUCACCGCAAUUUACGCUUCACCCGGAUAUUCGCCUCGGACCUUCAACGGGCGUAUAUGACGGCUGAACAGAUACAGAAACAUCAAGCCAUGCAGUGGCCUGAGGCGGGCGUCCCAGACGUUAUCAGACUUGCCUUACUUCGUGAGCAAGACUUUGGGUCUCUCGAGUUGGUGCCGUGGGCAUCCAGGCGUGCACAGGAAGCUAUCAAUCCCGCGGAUCCUUCGUAUCGGCCACAAGAGACCACGGAGGCCAUGGCAAGAAGAGCGGACACGUUCAUCAACAACCACGUCAUACCUCUGUCUGUGUCCUCGUUGGUCGCCGAGCAGGACUCGCUGCCUGAAUGCGUGGCAGUAGUGUCUCAUGGCCUCUUCCUGUCCAUAUUGUGGAAGACCUUGCUCACCAAGUUCCAUGCCGGGACUGUGGUGUUGGGUCCUAACGUCGAAGUCCUCAGUCACGGUCGUCCGCUGGAGUAUCUGCCUUCGUGGAGUAACACAGGGUUUUUGGAGAUGACCAUACAUCAUCAGAAUCACAGUGGCCGGUCUGAGGAUUCAGCCUCUCGGAGACCGUUGACCACAAGAACAGGCGACACUUUACCUUUCGUCGGAUGUCGUGUAACGGUGCACACAGUCAAUGGCAAAGACCACCUUUCGGAUCUUAGAAGAGCACGUGGGGGCAUCGGUUCCUCACCUUACGAUGCCAAACAGAAGAGCCUCGACGGGUUUUUCAAACGGCCAAAGAAUGGCUGA